CUCGCGUUCUGUAUAAAACUUUGCUCUGCCCUUCAUUCACCUCAUCACUCGCCAUGGCCGUCCCUCCUGAAGAUGAUAUUUAUGACGACCUUUACGGCGACAGCGCCGACAUUCAGGACGUCUCCCCUCCGCCGUCGGCGUCGACGGAAGAACCACCCGUUCAGAUCCACGACACUUCGUCAGAGCCACAACAGCGCGAGAGGAAGAUUUCAAGUGGAGAAAUCAGUCUUCCUGCCAAGCCAAUACAAUCUACCGAAUUGUCAUACUCGGCGCAGAUCGCGCGGCAAUUUUCCGCAUACAAGCAGACACCAGUCCAGGAGCGCCAACAGCAGUCCCGAACCCAGGGUUUAUCUACAGAUGUUGAAAUGACCAUUUAUGACGGAGGCUCUACUCGUCGGCCGGUGCGUCCCUCUGAGAUGAAGGACGAAGGGUGAGUCUUUCUUGUUCGCGCUGGUCGCUUGUGACGACUACGGACCGUCGUAUUGUUUGAAUGAUUGCGAUACGGAAGUCUCUAUGACGA